GGAAAACGUGUGGCAGGGAAAAUGGCCAACUGUUUGCCGAGUGUGCGUUAGCGGACACUCGGUAAGGUAAGCACCGAUCUAUAAAUAGUUAUGCUCGAUCGAUCUGAAGCUGCCACCAAGAAACGAUCGAGAGCAUAUAGAGAUGGAUUUAGAGCAAGGCGCAAUUCCCCUUGUGGACAAAGAGGAGCAAGACCCAACAAGAAUGGAGGAGCAGGAGGAGGAGGAGGAGGGGGAGGAGGAGGAUGGGAGUGGGAGCAGGAGCAGCAUUAAUCUGGCGAUGCUGACGGACAAGUCCCAGCUGGAGAGGCUGGCGUUGCUGCUGCGGAACAACGAGGAGGCCCUGAUGCGGCGGGUCAUGAGGUCGGAGCAAGAGCGCGUGGAAUACAUCAGGACUGUGACCGACGCGUACCGGCUGUCGGUGGCGCUGCUGCAGGACUGCACCACGCUCCGGGAAGAAUCUACGGCGCCGGAGGCGGCGCCGGUGGCGCGAGACGUGCACGACUACGUCAUCUACGGCCUCAACCUGUGCAUGCAGAACGUGCGCAACUGCUGCAUGCGCGUGGACGUGCUCGGCAAGCUAAGGGCGCACUACGACGCCCUCGCCCAGGGCCUCGCCGACGACCCGGCCGCCGUGGCCGCCGAGGCCGCCGAGUUCAGGGCCUCCAUGUGGGAGUACUGCUACAGCCACCGGAGCGCCGCCGCGCGGGCCAGGUCCAGGGACUACUCCAACGUGCUCCGCCUCGAGGGGGUCGACCUCCCGGAGCUGCUCAGGAGGCAGCAGGUCACGCUCGGCCCCGGCUACGCCGGCGACUUCGAGGACCUCAAGGACUCCCAGAAGCUGGAGGUGUACAACAGCGUCAUCGUCGCCUCGGGGCGCGCCAAGCUGCCCGACCAGCUGGUCCUCUCCGGCCGCAGCGCCCGCAAGGGCAAGACUCUGGCGGAGGCCAUCUCCGUCUUCAUCAUGGCGGCGGGCAACAUGGUGUACGACGUCUACACCGCCGAGCACAACGCGGAAGCCAUCCUCAGAGGCAGCCUCAACGUCAUGGCGGCGGUGGGGGCAUUCGCCGUGGAUGUCGCCGUCACCGGGGCCGUCACCAAGGCUGUCGCCAACGCCGGGGCGGCACUCUUCGCGUGCUCGCUCGCCGGCUUUGUGGUUGGUGCCAUCGCCGGCCUCAUCUUCAUCACCGUCAGCGGCCGCCUCAUCGACCUCAUCAUCGGCUCCCCGAGAAAGGUGCCUCCCAUCCGGGACCUCAAGUUCCACACCGCCGUCAUGCCCGAUGGAAUGACCCUCGCCAAUCAAAUUGCUCGUCAGUAAUUAUCAGCACUCCGCUGCCCGCCCGCCGAGCUUUCUUUCAGAAUAAGGCGCGUACUACUAGUGCUUCGCAAAAGAAAAGAAAAAGAGGCAAGUACUACUAGUAGCACAUGCACAUGUUUUUUCUUUCAGAAUAACUCAACGUUGUUGUUGGCUGCUGCGAGGCCAUCUGCCGCCGGCCGGCGUUGUUGUUUCCCUAUGUAAUGCACCAAGAAUUUAUACAUGAUCGAGGUAGACAAAUAAUAAACUUUGGAAUACAUACUCAA